AUGGCACAGAUCGAUGGCUGGGUGGACAUCGACGUCGCUACGGCGAAGAUUUUGUCCCGCUGGGAGUGGAGGAGAGAGGAAAGGACAUCUGGAGACGCGUCCUCGCCGGAGUCCUCCUUUGAAUCCAUGUGCUCGUCCCCGGAGAUGCGCUCGAGCUCCGAUGGAUCCCCGUCGUACACGCCGUCCGGACGCAAACACGCCCGCAUCUCCGAGCAACAGAAGCCCAAAGUGAAGAUGAGCAUGAAGAGGAGGAUGAAGGCGAGCGAGAGGGAGAAGCUGCGCAUGCGCAGUCUGGCGGAGGCGCUCCAUCAGCUGCGGGAUUACCUGCCGCCGGUGUACAGCAGGAGAGGACAGCCGCUCACCAAGAUCCAGACCCUCAAAUACACUAUCCAGUACAUCAAAGAACUGUCCAGCAUCCUUGACCAGCAAUGA